AUGCCACCUAAGAAAUUGACACCAUAUCAAUUUAAAGAAGCUCUUCAUUAUGACGCCCCGGUUCCUAAUUUUUUGGCUAAUUUAAACAAGCAAGUAGAGGACCAUCAAAGUGGGCGAUCAAAAGAGGAAGAGUUACCUUCGACCGAUGAGGAAGAGGAACUCGUUGCCAAAAAUGAAGAAGAAAGACCACAAAUUGUCGUGUUAAAAGAAGGAAGACAUAUGAGUGAGAAAGAAGUUAAAGCUCACCUUGCCAAAAAAUUGGAAAACAGUGGGGAGACUUUCUCGGAUGAAGAGGAAGAAGAUUCGUCACCUGUUAUUGAUGAGAAAACCGGAAAAAUUCUUUUUCGAAAGCCAAACAAGAACAAAUCCUCAAAAGAUAAAAUUUCCACAAAAUCUUCAUCGAUCAAAAAAAAAUCAAGUAAAUCCGAUGAACCUAUAAAAUCCAUUAACGAGGCAAUUGAAGGAAUGAAACGCAAACGAGAGGGCGCUAAGGAUUCAUCAGAUAAAAAACAUAAAUCGAAAAAGAAGUCUAAACCUAGUCAUUUGAGUUUUAAUGAAGAAGAAUAG